AUGCACACUGUCUUCGUCCUAAAAGAACACAAGCAAAGAGAAGCAGGGAGUGCCAAACAAACUGUGGUCCUUUGUGUGGAGAUUGAGGACUCUGGCAAGUUGGGUAUUGGUGCUGGUUUCAUGGUUGAGAAGGUAGAUGUGAAGAUUGGUAGGGAAGUUGUGAAGGUGACACUUAUCGGCUGGGUUGAGUUUGGAUGCAGUAAAGAAACUGUUCCCUUUGAGGAUCAGACCUCUGGCACUGUUUCUUGCAUUCUCUGGAGGAGAUGGACAUGUUUUCAUUCACAAGGGCAGCUGGCCUGGGUGGGCCUCUUCAAUCUGACCUCCAAUGCACACUGCAACAUCUUUGGAAAACCCUACAUUCCCCCUUGCCCAUCAUGGAUACAUGUCCCUUACUAUAACCUACCAACACUUUCUCCUCAUGAUGGAACUGUGAAGUUCUUGACCUUGCAGCACACCAAGCCCAAGCCCUGGAUGUCAUGGACACCUCAGACCAUGCCAGAGGGCACCCCAGCAUCCUUCCAAAACCUGCAUCCCUCUUCUUUCCUGUAUUCACAACCAACUCUGCCUCCUCCUCCCCCAUGCAUUACACCAGCUCUAGCACUCCAACAUACACAACUGGACCAACACCUCAAGCCUCUAGCAAGUGGUCUACCUUAA